ACGCCGUCGUUUUGUUCAUUUCUAAGGUUCCAAACACUAGCAGAGGAGACGAACGUACGCGAUGGGGCGAAGACCUGCGAGAUGUUACCGUCAGAUCAAGGGAAAGCCAUACCCUAAAUCCAGGUACUGUCGUGGUGUCCCUGAUCCAAAGAUCAGGAUUUACGAUGUUGGUAUGAAGAAGAAAGGAGUGGACGAGUUCCCUUACUGUGUCCAUUUGGUUUCAUGGGAGAAAGAAAACGUUUCGAGUGAAGCACUUGAAGCUGCACGUAUUGCUUGCAACAAGUACAUGGUCAAAUCUGCUGGGAAAGACGCGUUCCAUCUCCGAAUUAGGGUUCACCCUUUCCAUGUUCUUAGGAUCAACAAGAUGCUUUCUUGCGCUGGAGCUGAUAGACUUCAGACAGGAAUGAGAGGUGCUUUCGGUAAGGCUCUUGGGACUUGUGCUAGAGUCGCCAUUGGUCAGGUUCUUCUGUCUGUUCGUUGCAAAGACAAUCAUGGACAUCAUGCUCAGGAGGCUCUUCGUCGUGCUAAGUUCAAGUUCCCUGGUCGUCAAAAGAUUAUCGUUAGCAGGAAAUGGGGAUUCACUAAGUUUAACCGUGCUGAUUACUCUAAGCUAAGGCAAGAGAAGAGGAUUGUCCCUGAUGGUGUGAACGCCAAGUUUCUGUCCUGCCAUGGUCCGUUGGCUAAUCGUCAGCCAGGAAGUGCGUUCUUGUCUGCUGGUGCACAGUGAUGAGUUGUGGAUGUGGAUUCUCUGACAUCCUAGUUUUGCAGAUGCUCGCUUUUGUUUUUGGGUUUUAUUGUGGUUUCAAACUAUAUUCUUGUGGUUUUAUUGUUCUUGGACAAGUGCUAUGAUAGACUUGUUUUUGCUCUCUUAUAAAAUCGGUGUUAGGAUUUUAAACGGAUUCAUUUUGAUGCUCAAGAGAAGUUUAUCUGUUGUCCGUCUCUUUA